AUGCAUCCUCAUUUACACACCAAAGACAAUCGAGGUUGCGAGGAAGUGAUGACGGCGCUGGAAGAAUGCCACGCGCAAGGCUUUCUGUGGAAGUCGAUGGGCAUGUGCAGCGAUCUGAAGACGCAGGUCAACAAGUGUCUACGAGCGGAGAGACUGGAACGGACGGCGAAGAAUCGAGAGCAGGCGAGGGAGAAGCGGGAGAAGAUGAAGGCUAUCUUUCAAGAGAUUGAUGCGAACUCUUGA